GCGGUUGAAAGGAGCGCUCCUGAAUCAUCAUCCUCGAGCAUCAGGUGGACAUCUCUAGCCAAGGCACCGCGUAUUCACUUCAACGAGAAUAGUUAUUGAAUUAUUUAAAGACCAGUAAUAGUAAAAACGAGUAAUAUAGACACUGCUGUCAUAUUUAUCAGUCAAUACCGGCUCAAACACAGAGUAACGUACAGUUAAGAAAAGGGAAGAACGUGACACCAGAGAGAUAUCAAAGAACAGAUCUCUUUUCACAGUGUUAAGCCACCUGUCAGACACGCAGACCGUAAACACAAUGGGAAGGAAAAAAAUACAAAUCUCUCGUAUCCUGGACCAGCGGAAUCGACAGGUGACGUUCACCAAGCGUAAGUUUGGCCUGAUGAAGAAGGCGUAUGAGCUGAGUGUGCUGUGCGACUGUGAGAUCGCCCUCAUCAUCUUCAACAGCACCAACCGUCUGUUCCAGUACGCCAGCACCGACAUGGACAAGGUCCUGCUCAAGUAUACAGAGUACAGCGAGCCUCACGAAAGCAGGACCAACACAGACAUACUGGAGACUCUGCGGAGGAAGGGACUGGGCCUGGGCCUGGACGGGACAGAGCUGCUGGACACUGAGGAGCCCAUGCAGUUGGCAGCAGAGAAGUACGGGCCACUCAGCGAGGGCAUGGACCUCUCCCUGGCCCGCCAGCGCUACUAUGCCCCCUCCUUACACUCACCAGAGGCCCAAUUCCUGGCGUCUGCCGGCUGUGAGAAUGGAUACCCUAACUCGUCCAACUCCAGCCCGAGCUCCCACAGACCCCCGGCCUUCAAGCCCCUAGGCGCUAGACCAGGCUCAGCCAGCUCUGCAGGGCCCCACUGCCAUGCUGCCUUCAUGUCCCCACACUCAGGUAUUGGCAACUCUAUGUUCUCCCAUGGCAACCUGAGCCGGGCCUUGGAGAUGAAGACUCCUCCCCCUUUGAACCUGGGCAGUGAGAACCGGCGGACAGAGAGCCAACCUGGCAUGGGUGGCACACGUGCCAACUUUAACAGUUCUAGAGGCCUACUGUACCCGGGCAUGCACCCAGGGAACCACAUGCUGGCCAUGGGGAAGGCAGGUCUGCUGAGCCAUAGUCUGGGGGGCUACGGCCUCGCCUCUGCUGGACCAUCUGACUACAGCCACCCAGGUUUCUCCCAUGCUGUGAGUCUACAGCGUGGGACAGUGAACCCCUGGCAGACAGCACAACCGCAGGAGCAGCAUGUACCUCACCUCAGCCAAGUCGGAGGGUGCUCUUUCCCUUCUCAGUCCUCCACCCCCACCCCUCCUCCUCACCCCUCCAUCAACCUCAGCAUCAAAUCGGAGCGCUCCUCCCCGGAGCACAUCUGCUCCCCGACCUCUCCACCCCUGCACCACUUGAGGCAGCACUCUCCAAUGAGCACCCCCAAUUCCGCUCGCCACACCCCCCAUGAGCCCUACCCAGCCAAUGAGAGAGAGGGUUUCCCCAAAGGAGGUGUUCCCUACCCGGCUCAGCACGGGGCAGAGGAGAAAGGGGGGCUGCCCCUGAGGCAAUUAGAAAUCAGCGAUGGAUGGCAGAGAUAGCUGGCAGCGACUACCACACACAAAAAGCCUGCCACAUGGUUUCCCACACACAGAGAGAGGAGAAUGGGGAGAUGGGGUUCACUCGUUCACAUCAUCCCAGAGGAAAGAAAGACCCCUCUUAGAGCUGGGCUGAACUAUCCAUUGUGGGCAAUGAGCAUGUGGCACUGCCUCUCUGAUCUCGAUACAGUGAGGAGAUAGAGUGGUUUGUUGUCGUUGGGUUUGGUUGGUUUGUCUGUGUGUUGAUUCAGAGGGGUGUCAAACCACACAUCAAUGUGGUUCUCUCCUCCUGCUUGAGCUACAGCCCAGUGCAGAGGGUGAGAGCAUCAGUCAUUUAGCCAUGUAGCUUAGAGCACAGUGUUUCAGAGUAAUACUUCACAUUCAGGUCCCCAGUUACUGUACAUAUAUAACUUUAAUGCUUAGUUUAGCCUUCAGCCCAAAAUCAAUGAAGUGGUCAGCUCACAGGAGACCAAUUAGGGAGCAGCAAGGUUCUACUCAUCUAUCAUGGUCCCAAUGGGCAGGGCCUCGUGAUAGUGAGUGGGAAGUUGAUCACAGAAAAACAAAAAUGUAAUCUGCACUUUUUUAAGUCUCUCUCAGGGAUUUAGAUAAUUGGUUCCAUUGUAAAGGUUUAGUGUUGCUUUUUAAGACUUAAAUAAUACUGAGCAAAGCUGUUUGUUUUUACACUAUAUACUGCAUAGUUUAAUUAUUUCUUUUUGGACACUGGCCUUACUAAUGCAAAAUGCUGUCAUCAAUUUAAGACCAAAGGAUAUGUAAUGUGUUUAUUUUCUUAAAUAUGAAUAUUGUGUUCAAUUUAAUUCUUUGUAAAGCAAUAUCCAAAAUAAGCCAAAGUUUAGCAUCUAAUGUAUUUCUAGAAAUUUCUGAAAGCAUGUAAGAAUCAUCCAUUAGUAGUAAUCAUUUUACAUCUUCAACCUAUUCCCGCUUGUGAACAAUUAAGGUCCAUAUUCAGUCUAACCAUUUUAUAAAGUUUAGCUUUAGUUUGUUUAAAUAAAUUUAAAAGCUCUGGGCCGGACUACCGUACUGUCAUUUUGUAGCUCAUCUUAUGCUAUUGUACACUUUUUGCCAUGAGGCUGAAAGAGAAUUGUGCAGUUUUCAAGCAAAUUUCCUGCAAUUCUACACAUUUUGCUAUCAUGUGCUAUCUGUGGGGGAGCCCAACCUCCAGGUGGCCGCCAACCCCUGCAUGGCCGUUUGGUAAUCCAGCCCUGCAAAAGCUAUUUAUUCAUGUGUGAAAAAGGAACAAUUUGAUUAAUUGUCAGUGGGGCAAUGGGAAUAAGGUAUGUUGAGAAUCAGACACCUAUCAAAGAAGCUGCAUAAAUUAACUUUUGUCUAUGAAAAAACAUUAAGACACGUUUUAUUGCUUGUGUGAGUUUGUGUUUUUGAUUAUUAUUAUUUUUAUGAUUUUUGUGUUUUAUGCACUGGAUUUUUGGUGUGUUGAAUUGUUUCAUUUAUCCAUUUUGUGUUUUAAAAGUCUGCAAAAAGUAUCAUGUAAAAUGAUCUUGUAUCCAUUUUGUUUCUCCUUGUGGGUUUCUGUGUACGUUGAAGUGAACUCCUUUGUCCACAAGAGGGCAACAUAUUUCAUACUCACUCUGGAGGCAAGACAUAAUGUAGGAAGAAUCAGCCAUUACUAGUGGUCGUUAAUUAUCAGAUUUUCCAUGACAAAAGUGACAGGUUCAAGCAGUGCACUGUGAUGGUAUUAUGAUAAAACUGCAUCAUUAGUGUCUUGAAGACAUACACAUAGAGGGUAUAUGGGCACUUCCAGUUCUGGUUGACAACAUGAAAUUACUGCCAGGAUUAAUUUGUAUACA